AAGUCCGACAGUCGAUAUCAUAAUUCUUAUUUCGCAGUGGUGUCGUAAAAAAUAUAUAUAUAUAUAUAUAUAUAUAUAUAUAUAUAUAUAUAUAUUGUGUUGUGAACGUAGAAGAAGAAGGAGAAGAAGAAAGGAUCCAAAGUAGAUCGCAAGGACGUCGGAUCAUUUCGUCGAUGCUUCCGAAGGAAUCCGAACCUGCCGAUGACGAACCUGCUACCGCAGGAGGAAACCUAAGGAUCGCUCGAUCGUAUGCUUGUUAUUCUUCGAAGGUUUCUUCACGUUCCUACAGAAAAAUAGAUAUCGAAAGGAUUUAAAAUUGCAGCCGUGAAUAGGGAGACACUAGAGGAACGCUUUAUUUGCUGUUGAAGUCCGCUAACGACUCGAACGACUUGAACGACUUAAGCAACGUAUCGGUGGGGCCGUGCGGUGCCGGCUUGCCAAAGAUGCAAGAGCUUCGAUCCAAUUAUCCUGAAGGAGCCUACUCAAAACAAUAGACGCGCAUCCCUGGGUUGUUCGCAAUCGCCAUCAACAGCACACAGCCAGCUUUUGAACAAGAUGUCAAUGACAGGGAGUUUGAUGGGCUACGAGAACAAUAACGAAGUGAAUCAAGCGAAAUGCAAAAAACCGUUGAAGCCACUUCCGGUUAUGUCGAGUAUAAAUUCAAGCGGUGUAACGACGACAUGCACUGGGAAGUCGUCGAAGAAGGUUCGGAAUUCGCGUAAGAAGGAAUCUUCUGUGCGAGGUCACGUGAAUAGUCUUUGGUCGGUAUGGUACGGCAUCUUGGCGGUUGCAUUUCAGACUUAUAUCGCAAUGAGAUACGCCAGAAGAUUUGCCACGUAUCUCUCGUUGCCAUGGCCGGCGGAUGCACCACCACCGAAAAUCGAGUUGCACGCGUGCCUAGUUCUGGCUGGGGCUGGAGUGGUUUUACUUCCUGUUUUACUCGGUACUGCCUUCCUCAAGCUCGGAAAUCUCGCCAACGACGGAAUUAAACUUGGCCGUCAUUUGAGCGCGUGCUCUCGUGAUCCUCCUUCCUCGUUACUUACCAACAGUCCAGAUAAUAGCUUGGCGAAUAAUUUAUGGAGACAUGGUGGACCAACGUCGGCGUUCGUACAUCUCUGCACGGCUAUGUGCUUCCUUCUACCGUCUCUGCUCAUGGAGGCGAGGAUGAUACACGCUGGAUUUUUGCCAAAAGAAGCGAUAUGGAGGACGGAUUUGGAUUGGAUGGUAAUUCACCGAGAUCGUCUGGUGGUGCUUAGUUUCAUGAAUCCAGCUGGUAACCUGAGUACCUUAACCGGUUUCAUAACCCCACAACCUUUUGUAACCGCUGCGCCAGAAGAGGAAGUUGAGGAUGACCUUAAUGGAGUCGUACCAACAACAACAGGCUUGUCUCGUGUUAACGAAACAAUCGAAACUCGAACGGAAGAAACUUCUACAAAAUUUUCCACUAUAAAUCGACCAGUACUGACUAAUCCAAAUGUCCAUCGAACCAUCGUAAAUUCUACGACAACUAUUUUGUUCAGUAAUAAUACUACAACAAGUAAAACAACUUCAAGAAUACCAGAAACAACCAGCAGUACAACCACGACAACACCAACCAUGAGUUCGUCUAAUUCUGCAACAAAAUAUCCAACGACUCUUAAGAGAUCAACUAUCAGACCAAUUUUGAAAAACAAUAAUCUAAAGAACAGGUCUAAGGUUAAAAAUUUAACGAAAACAUUGACAACAGUAAGACCAUCCAAAACUACUCAGACUACGUCUGGUGGAAAUAUGACCGCUCAAAGCAUGUCAUUGGUUAUGAACAGCUUGGCUGAUCUGGAUCAUCCUGAAAAUUUGAAUCUGGAGCUUCAACCGACUGAAUCCUACGGACCAAUAACACUGGAAUAUCUUAAUUACGCUGUUGCUCUUGGCGUUUACUCUGUACGAUAUCCCGCAGUGUUCUGGUCUUGCAACAAAGCUCUCGGUACGAUUUUCAGUGUUCAACUGGUCAUUAAUUCCGCUCAGAGCUUAUUGGCUUACGCCGGCAUGUCCGUUUUGUACAAGGUUCAAGUUGUCGGACCUCUUAAAGUUCUACCUCUUCUUCGACAUCGAACUGUAGCCACAGCAAGUACGAUAUCAACAAUCUUCGGUGAUUCAUAUUUUCUUCUUAAUCCUCACGUUACGUUAGCUCUUUUUGCCCUUUCGUCUCUCCUCGUACUGUGUUCGAGCAUGGUCAUGUAUUUCUACGCACACGGCAGAUUCGCAGCAUUCCUGAAUCAGGAACGCGAACGUCGCGUGAUCUUGCCGAAGGACGGCCGAGAAAGCAGCGCCUGGGUCUACUUCACUCAUUGCACCGCCCUCUGCGUGUUCCUCGCGAUUGCAAUCUGUAGUGCACCAUUGCUCUACGACUACACAGUGGUCUAUAGAGGCAGUCUAGACGGUGCGAUCCUCGCCUGUAUCGUUGGUACCGUGCUACAUUUGUUACUCUGGCUUAUUCUAUGGGUCUUCCUGACUAUAAAACAACGUUGGACUUUCAAGUUACGUGUCACGAUCGGUCGUGCUACCGUUCGUUCAGCUAGAUCUGUCAAACUAGUGACCGAUGUCGAUUUAUUGUCUGCUAGAGAGGAAGAAGAUAGUACAAGCGCUCCAUUACUUGUUGUUGGUAAUGGUAGGACAUAUACGAUCGCAGAUACAUCUCCAAAGAAAGCUAUCAUGAGUGUUAUUCAAAAGGCAGCUAUGGAAAGGAAGGCACGUUCACAAGGUGGAAAUGUUGAUUAUGCUGAUGGAGAAUCGACAGCCGAUGGCGACGAACAAAUCUAUUGGCUCAGGCCAAAAUUACGGCCGUCACCUGCUCAAUCCCCUAACGACACUACUGGCACUCAGGCUAACGACAAGGGUUGGCUCAACAAGAAGCUCAAGCCCAAGGUCACCUUUAACGACCUGCCUAGUACGUCAGGCUCGCGUAAUAAGGGAAAAGCCAGACGAGGCGUCGCUGACGGGGGACCUGAGGAUGACGGGGAUUACGCCACGUUACGCGAGCUACCGCUGAUAACUUCUUUGGAUCCAGCGGACGAUUCGAAUUCCGAAGAAAACAAGCUGCUCGAGUGCGUGAACGAUGACCAAGUGACGUACUACGCGAGCGCUAAUCGCGAUCUGCAACCCUCGGAGGGUGAUCCCUCACCCCUCUUAACUCCAGAUCCUCUUCCCGAUCCUGCUUCAGAACCACUUCCGUUGCCACCUCCGACUCCAACUACUGCACCGACCACCGAAGUUGCCACGGCGCUACUAACCACUAACUCCCAGAUGAACGGUGGUCAAACACCACGUUGCCUACGCCGAGCGGAUUCCGGUAUGCCACACGACGAGUUGACACCACGUUCCGAUUCUUCCAAUUCUCCGCCACUGGACGCCGGUGGUACCAGUUCGGUAAUAGGCCACAGUAAUACCAGUAGCAACAGCGAAACAUCGUCAAGUGGCGUACAUAGUAAUGCAAGUAACGCCAGCAAUGCCAGCCAAAGUAGCUCAUCUCAACGACGAGCAACAAGCGUGGACGAUUUAACUGGUGAAACACGCGAAGAACCACGAGAACAAUGGCGGAGCUGCUCGCUUCAGCGUGGAACACAACCACCGACAGCAAAUACAACUUUUUCUCCACCAAACAGUCGACCAGGCACCAGCCAAUCGUUCUCCUCUCCACAAUAUGCAAAUCACGUACCUCUGUUCAACAAUACUGGCAACAACGAACUAACCGGUGGCUGUCCAGCCGUCAUUCUCGAAAAUCCAAACGAAGCAACGGUUGUAAUACGUCGAAAAUUGUCGAGAACGAAACUGACAGAACCAUUGAAUCCAAACGAAGAACCAUUUGGUCGAUCUACCAACAUGAGGAUGACUUCAUUUACGGAAAGCAAUGAUAUUCGUAUUCAGGCUUCCUCGGCUACCCUACCCCAUUAUCCAACACAACCUAUUGUCACGUAUCCACACUGUUCCACCAUGCCCUUGCCUCAUGCGUCGCAUAGCAUGGCUGGCACGAAUAUGAGUGGGUCCACUGGCAGCUGUGGAUCCGUGCCAAGGCAUACAUUUGUACCGCCACAGAUACACGCAACUGUACCAGCUCAUACGACGUUACCGUCGCAUCACAACGGUGUCAGGUUGAUACACGGUGGUCCUGGUAAUCCUUUCGUCAAGAGAUUCCCACCCGUUCAGCUUCACACUCAGCCUUGGGCUCUGCCAGGUCAUCAUACCUUCCCACAAGCACCACAAAACAACAACAAGCUGUCGGUUACCGCUCAGAUAAGACAACAGAGCGAUCGAGACUCGGCUAAUUUCUCUAUGGCAAGUAGCGGAGACUCGGAUACCUGUUUGCCACAUUAAAUAUGUGACAAAUCCUUUCGCUAGAAUAUUAUUUCUAGAAGAGCUGUGGUGCAAUUUCGUCGUGUUGCUGCUAACACAGCGACGACCCCUAUGGAUCUAUAUUUUAAUAUGAUCCCACGAAAAUGGACUCGAAGUUAUGAAACGCUUCGCGUAGAACGCAGUAGGAAAGCAUCGACAGUACUUCUUGUAGACCCAAGGUCGGAGAGGUACCGGUGCGAGAAAAUAAUAGUCUUCACAUACUUUCGAGAACAAUUGGAUAACUUUUCAGGAUGACCACUUUCUGUUCGAUCAACGUUCAUUUAAUCUCGUAAACGUAUUAGCAAAUUUAAUCGUCGUCAUAGAUAAAAACGCUUGCGAGGAUAUCUUUGAAACUCUUGUAUUUUCAGACUCAAUCUUUUAAAUUCAUAAUACAAUAACAUAUCAUGUCAACAUCUGCCACUCGCAGAAACUCUUCUGAAAUUCCUCAAAAUUCUACAGAAUUUUGAUAUCUUACGUGACGGCGAUCACGAAGUUCUAAUGAUAAUAAUAAUAAUAAUAAAUAAUAAUAAUAAUAAUAAUAAUAAUAAUAAUAAUAUUAAUAAUAGUAAUAAUAAUAUUAAGGGAAAGGGAGGGAGCAUAAUAGAGGAAAUAUAACUGUUCUCUCGUGGACAUAUCCCGUGUUUGUGAUCACAAUUAAUGUAAUACUAUUUAAUUGCAAUAAAAAUAUCAAUAUUAAUUACGAUCUCAAGAAUUACAGAUGGAGGUUGAUCGAACGGUCAUCGUGAUGUUAAAACGAAGUUAUCGUGAAAGGUUUUUCCAUUCGCUCGAGUUCCAUUCGCUAAGAUAUAUUUAUAAUUUAAUAAGAAAUCUCUUGCGUUUUGAUUAUUCUUACGGGAAAGUGUUCGAUGUAUAAAGGGAGUUACGUGCCACGUUUAAUGUUGGAGAGAUUAUUAAGAAGGAACGGGAAAGAGAUCAAGCAUAAUUAUACGGUGUUAUAAUAAUGAUGGAAAAAGAAAGAAAAAAAACACGCACGUACAUACAUAUACUCACAUAGAUACACACAGACACAAACACAAGAAUUAAUCGUAUCGCUUUAAAUAAGGUUCGUGCGCGUGUAUAGAAUGGAUUAAGUAUAAUAAUAAUUAAAGGGGCGAUCUUUUUGGAAACGUUCACGCGCGUCAUCCGUGUAAGCAUGUAAAAUCUUUUUACCGUUAAUUAAAAUCCAUUUUUACCGAUAAUUAAUAAUUGUAAAUUUUGUUAAUGCGUCAAUACUAUGUACAUUAUACCGAAGGUAACUUGUUUUCUUAUUUCAUUUUUUUUCUUUCGGUUUUAUUUUUAUUUAUUUUUUUUUUUGUUCUUUUGCUUUUCGGAUCAUUAUGAAUUUUCGGUGAGUGAUCGAAAGGGAGAUUAACUCGAUGAACUCUUUGUUUUAUUUCUCUCUUUUUUCUUUUCUUUUCUUUUUCUUUUGCGAUCUUCAUUUUUAUUCUCUUUCAAAUAAUGCCGUGUGUUGUCACGAGACAAACUCCCUUUCGUUCGAACGAAUCUUUUAUUCCUAUACGUAUAUACAAACGCGACUAGAUAAUUGUUAAGAUAAAAAUGCUUUUCUAUGAUUGAAUCGUAUUAAUGCUUUAUAUAUAUUGCCUAUAUUUAAGGAUUAAGAAUGAACGAUUUUAAUGAUUUGUCGUGAAAGAGAUAUCAUACAUUGUCGAAUGUACCAACGCAAUUUAUGUAAUUGCUUUCUUUGUGGAUAUAAAAGAAAAUUAUUAUCCGCAAAGUUGUAUACGUACUUACGACGAUCCAUGAGCAGAGUUUCUAAAUGAAUCACCGAAAGAUCGAACGGGAUAAUGGACAUUAGUAAUAGUUAUCCUAUGUAGAAAAUAAUGAUCGUGUGUUGCGCAUAUGCCGAGUCUUGCGUAACACGUUGUUAAUUAUUUUUAAUGAUCAAUUGUGUAUUAAUAGAAUAAUUCAUCAAUUGUGUAUUAAUUAUGUUGUGAUAAUUUACUUAAUAUUACGAGCAACAAUUUUCUCGUGCACUCUCUCUAUUGAAAGAAAAAAAAAAGAAAAAUAGAAAAAGCAAGAAGAAAAAAAAAUUGUAAAGUGUGUUACUCAAGAUCGGCGUAUACGAUUUUUAUUAAUUAAUGGCUAGGGGAACGAUAACUGCCACUUAUCGUGAGAAUUAAUCUCCGUUUGUAUUUACUUAUUUUAUCAACUGCCAUGCUAUUUCGUCCUUUUCACAGAUAUAAAAACAAAAAAAAAGACAAAAAAACGAUAUCUAACGUAUGUUAAUUACCCGAUGGUAACCACUUGUAUUUAACUCGUUAAAAGAAAGAAAUAGAAAGAAAGAAAGAAAAAAGAAAAAAAAGAUAAAGAAAAAUACUAAUGCUGAGAUGUAUCCACUCGCAUGAAUUAUCGUUCGCUAAUUUGCGUUCUUUCGCGAUUAUAUAAUCGCUUUUAUAGUCACGCGAUCAAAAAGUAUACAACUGAUUCUGGAGAAGUAGAUCAUGCCAUAAGAGAAAAUGGCCGAGUAAUGUGAAAAUGAGAAACCCGACGAAGUACUAGAUAUUUGGAAAGAAAGAAGAAAGAAACAUCGUACUCCUUGACGUUAUCGUUGUAAAGAUCAAAUAGAUCUUAGAAAGAAUAAAUAGAAGAAGAGCGAUACGUAUCGAAUUAUAAAAUGAACUGCUUGUUUUAUAGUAAAAACUGUGUUAAAAUUUAAAAAACAAAAAUACGUUGGAUUACUUAUAUAUUAAUAUUUUUGGUUGAUCCUGAAAUAUUGACAUAUUUGAUAUGAAAUAUUAUAUAUAAAUAAAAAUUAACAUGAUUUGAUUGAUUGAUACAAAAAAACACGCAUUUAUCAAUAGUUGUAUCGAUCAGAUAAUGAUCAAAUACACAUUGGCCACAUUUGUAUUAUAUUUAAUUAAAAAAGAAAAAAGGAUCUUUUGUGUUUUUAUCAUGUUAAAUUAAACACGUUUAUUAUGUUACAUGCAGUUCAUUGAAGAAUACGUUACAAAAAAUCCAAAAGUCCUAUUAUAUGAACAAUGGCACGAUAACCCGAUAAUACCAGAUUCAACUAUUUUUUCAGAUCAAAGUUUAAUGAAAAGAUAUUAUUCACUUUUUCGAUGAGAACGAAAAUAUUUUUAUGAAGCACAUGCACCGAAUAUUUAUAAUCGACUAUAAGGCAUUAGCGAGGAUAAAAUUUAAAAGGAUUAUUUUAAAAAAAUGUAGAAACUAACACGAAAAGCAACAGCUAUACUAAAGAUUAAAUUGUGUGCGAUUCUAUCAGAGUUAGAUUUUGUCUCUCUAGAAUGCAGAAACGAUGAGAUUUUUAGAAUAUACAUUAUAUUUUGCUUUGCGGCUAGUAAGAGAAUUUUCAUAAACCAAAGAACUUUUCUUGGACACAUCAAUGCUAUGCUACUUUAUGAUGAUUGAACAAAAAAUAAAAAAAUAAUAGAUCGAUUUAAUACUAGAGAAGGAAGGGGAAAAGAAAAAGUAAAAAAAAAAAAAAUAAAUAUAAAAAAUAAAGAAACGAGAACUGACGACAUGCAUAUGGAAAUGCUUCUUUGAUACAAAAUCAUUUUCUUUGUAUCGAUUUAGCACGUAUUCGUUGUUUGUAAAAAUCGAAAGGCGAUACUUUUAUGACCAAUGAAUUUAAUUAAUCACGAGCGUCGGUUCAUCAAACGCACACAUUUUUUACGAAACUUUCAAUAAAACGUCGCUUCGCCAUGUCGAUUGUACAUAUCAUCAUCUGCAAGGACCAUGCAAUUCACUUUUCUCGGGAAUCUUCGGCAAUAUUUAGAAGUAUUGAUCAAGAAAAGGACACAUCGUUUCAUCUGCGAAAAUCUUUUAUCAUUAUCAUCGUUUUCGAACAUGUCAUAGAAAGAGAAAAAGAGGGAAAAAAAGAGGAAGAGAAAAGAGAUAUAAUUAACAUAUUCUUCUAGAUUUCUCACGAGACCGAUUUUGUAACUUCCCUUCUUAUCCGAGUGAUAGAAUUUCAAUCUAUAGGAAAUUGUUAUCAACGAAUUUCUCCGUGUACGGUGAGCUGUUUGACAGUGUGUAUUCGUUGAAGGAUUCUUCUUCGAUUAUGAGAAUUCAUAUAAAUUUCUUAAACGGAGGUAAGGAAGAAGAUUUUUCAAUUCUCCAAAGAAUCGCUUUCAACGAGUGCAACGAGACAAACGUGCGGACGUCCGUUUCUUUCAGUGUUAGAAAACAAGAUAUAGCAAUUUUGUAAAAGCGAAUUUACUUCCUUUGUGUGUUGCGAGUCGUGUCGCUGCGACGAACGAAACUAUAUUUUAUUCUUUUUUUUUUUUUUUUUUUUUCUUUUUUUUUUUUUUUUCUUUUUUUUGAAAUCAAUGAGACGUUCAAAUAAAAUAGAGAAAAGAAAAAUCUAUCUUUUGAUAACUGCAAUUGCACGUUGAACAAAAAAGAAAAGAAAAGAAAAGAAAAUAAUAAUAAUAAUAAUAAUAAUAAUAAUAAUAAUAAUAGUAAUAAUAAUAAUAAUAAUAAUAAUAAUAAUAAUAAUAAUAAUAAUAAUAAUAAUAAUAAUAAUAAUAAAUAGAAGGAACAAAAUGACGAGAUAAUCGCAGCGACGCGAAUCAUUAUCGUAAUCUUCGAAAUCCACAAAAGAAUAGAGAAAGAAAAAGAAAAGAAGAGUAGAGAGCCAACGUGCCGUUAGCGGCACGACUCUCCUAGAAUUAUUUUUUUACCACAUUUAGCGUCGUCAGUGUCAGCGAUCAUAAAUUUUUCCUUGUCUCCUUCUUAGAUAACUGACUAGAGAAAACCUAGACAACGAUAGACAUUGUCCAAAAGGAUGGCUCCGAACUCCGAUUGUAAAAUCCGAUCAAAUGACGAAACAAAAAAUGAUAAUUUCACAUUCUCAUACGAGAAGAAAAUAAUAUGAAUGUGUUUAUAUAUAUAAUGUUCGAAAAAGAAGAAAGUCCAUUCUUAAUCGGCCAAGUUCUUUAAUCACACAGAUCCUAGACUUGAAGAAGUAACGUCGAGAAGGACCGUUCUGGGCCCUCCGAGUAUCGCGUUUUUUAAGAGCGAAGAUAUAACCGCGAGAGAGUUAAACAACAACAAUAUAUACAUACGUACAUACAUACAUAUAUACAUACAUACAUAAAUACAUCCAUACAUACGUCGUUCGCGAGCAACCCAUUUCAAAUACUGUAAAUAGUUCGUGAUUGAGUCGAAUGGAUGAAAAGAGAGCAAGAGAGAGAGAGAGAGAGAGAGAGAGAGAGAGAGAGAGAGAGAGAGAGAGAGAGAGAGAGAGAAAAUAAGAGUGCAAGAGAGAGAGAGAGAGAGAAAGAGAGAGAGAGAGGGAAAACGAAUGUGUACGAAUAAUUGUAUAAAGACUGAUUAGACUAGCUUUGGUAUUUAUUCAAAUUUACAAUUAAUGCUAUCGCUUGCGCGCUCAGAAUACUCAUGGAACACACGAUGCCAAAGGUAUUCCUUCUACGAAUUUCUUUAAAUAUCCUUCGUUUAGCUAGGAGCAUCGUUGUCCAUUGUACGAGCCGAUAAUCGAUCAUCUACUUGCUCUUGAUAUUCGUAACUUCGAAAAGAAAAAUAAAAUAGGAAAAGAAAAA